AUCUUUUUAAACAGAAGCCAUAGAUUGUUUGGUCAGUUGCACAAGAUGGGUUUUCUGGGAGAGUAGCUGCACUAGUUUGUUGUUUUAAAGAGGAGUCAAAAUUCACACCUCUGCUCCUGUGUCCUCUCCGAGUCUUUCCCAGACAGAUCCAGGCCGGGUCCUGGGGUCUGAGAGACUGUGGCUACUGCAGGCCUGCAGAAGUGUCACCUCGCACCUCUGAGUCCAACAUAUAAACCUCCAGCCCUCAGUCCAGCCUUCAUUCACUCUCAGAUUCACAAUAUGGAAAGCUCAAGCCACAGCCAGCAGAACCAGUGGAGCUGUUCAAGCUCAGAGUCAGAGUUUUACAGCGUUUCCUCUCCAGAUACCAUCUCGCCGGAUCCAUCCAUGGACCGGGGCUUCACCCCUUACCACCAGGCCCAGCCUGCAUGCCCAAAAUCAGUCAAACCUGCAGGGGCCGUCAAGAAGAAACGCAGAUUAAGGGUGAAGAACCCGAGCGAGCAACGGCAGAAUGCCAGUGAGAAGGAGAAACUGAGGAUGAGGGAUCUGACCAAAGCUCUCCACCAUCUCAGGACCUACCUGCCUCCGUCUGUAGCUCCCGUAGGCCAAACCCUGACCAAGAUCGAGACGCUCCGCCUCACCAUACGCUACAUCUCGUUUCUGUCUGCUCAGCUGGGUCUCGGUGAAGUAGAGCUGAACCACAGGAAGAACAGGAACGGCGGCUGCUCUUAUUCUCCAGAGAUCGUUGGUUAUUUUCAGUAUAUGGCUGGGGAUUGGGUGGAGCAAGAACAGAGUUACGGUCACUAUAAUGGACAGUAUGAGGGUUGCUCUGGUCAUGCAGGGCACUGUGAUGAGAUCAACAAAGAUCAGUGUGGUGGUUCCUCACAGCAGCAUUCAACAGAGCAAAACUUCUCUGCAAAUGUAGACGGCUUCCUCCAGUCACAACAGUGUGCUUAGACAUCACAGACAUACCAGGUUUAUGGCAGAAACUUUGGCUAUCAUCUUGUUCCUCAAGCUUACUGGAGCUGACCGCAAAAACGUCUCCAUCACAGCCAAUGCAAGACUGGUGCCGACUACUGUACUGUGUACAGUAAAUACAUGUGGUUGUUUGGCUUGUGAAAGAAAUAAAUGUGAAUCAAAGUUAAUCCUGUUAUUCUUAUAAUUUAUGAUAUAUGAGUUAUCCUUGUCUGUCCUAUGUAAAUACAAAACUAUAUUUGAUACGUAUUUAAUAUAAAUCAUGCAUUAUUAAAAACA